UGAAAACAUCCAAUAUAUUUUGUUGAUUAUUUAUUGAAUAUUAUUCUUUCUAUUGUGCAUCAACAUAUUUUAGAGUUAUAAAUAUAUUAGCAUAAUGUUCUUUUAGCUGACAGUGAGUCAUUGUGCGCUGAUUUUUGUUUUUCAAUAGAUAUUUAUUGAAUUUUAUUUGCCGUGAUGUUUAGCCCAGAUAUUAGUGAUUACCAAUUGACCUCUAUAAUAACUGAGUGCUGUGGUGGUGUAGCCGUUGUUUAUUCGGCCCUAUACAGACCCGAUAACACAAAUGUGGCUAUCAAGAGGUAUUUCGUUGAUAAAACGAAGGAGAACGCUAGUCUCAUACAGCAAGAUAUCCUUACCCGCAAAGAGUUGCAGCACUCCAACAUUCUCCCAUACUUGACUUCAUUUGUCCAUGGCCGGGAGCUGUAUGUGGUGUCUCCAUUGAUGAACCUGGGCUCCUGCCGUGAUGUUCUAGACCGGUACUUCCCCGAGGGUCUGCCGGAGCUACCCUGUGCCAUAAUAUUGAGGGAUGUGCUGUAUGCUCUGCAGUACUUGCAUAAACAACUUUAUAUUCACAGAAGCGUGCGAGCGAGCCACGUGCUCCUCUCCACGAGCGGGUCUGUGCGCGUGUCAGGGCUGCGCAGCGCGGGCAGCCUGGUGGUGCGCGGGCGCAGACACAAGCAGCUGCACCAGCUGCCGCCGCCGGACCAUGAUAACGCUAAUUUAAUGUGGCUCAGCCCUGAGCUUCUUGAACAGAACCUGAAGGGCUACGACGAGCGGUCAGACAUCUACUCGCUCGGCGUGCUCUGCUGCGAGCUAGCUAACGGCGCAGUUCCGUUCGCAGACGUCCCCACCACUCUCAUGUUCACUGAGAAGGUGCGCGGGAGCAGGCCGCAGCUGCUCGACUGCUCCACGUUCCCCGAGCCUUGUCUCGAGGACAGCGAGAUGAAGAGCAUGUACAACACGGACAGCGGCGUGGGCGACAGCGCAGACGCGGAGGCGGACGCCGUGUCGCGCCUGCGGCAGCGCUACGCCGCGCGCAAGUUCAGCGACACAUUCCACCACCUCAGCGAGCUCGCCUUACAAAGAGAACCAGAGAAGCGGCCGACAGCGUCGCAACUACUCGGGCACCCGUUCUUCAAACAGAUCCGCAAGACUGACUUCCUGCCCAGCCUCAUCGGGCGAGUCAAGCCCAUCAAACCUGACCUCAAUGACAUGUCAGCACUCCUACUGCAAGAGAAGAUGUCAGAGAUGGAUAUAGAGAAGACUACAGAGUGGGACUUCUAGUCCGUAGACCAAUGUUCGUACAAUAACUAACAAUAAUAUUAAGCCUGAGUGACUUGGUGACGUAAACGGGAAGUUAGUACAUUUUAUAUGUACAGAGACUUUUUUACUAGUUCAAUUAAAGAAAUAAAUUGAAAAUGGCGCGAAUGAUCUAUUUGUGUCUCGCUCAGACGGCAAAUGCGUGAGCGAGAAACAAGAAGCGCCGCUAUUUUCUCCUGUUUUUACUGAGUUAUUCGUGAUGUUGGUAGAAUUGAGUAGUUUCUAUUUAGUCAAAUAAGUUACUUUUUAUUAACGUCCAUUCAAGAAAUAAUUUACAUGAAAACGUACACCUUGACGUCAUAGAAAAACGAGAUAAAAUAUCGAUUUAUUGUUGCGCUAUUCUUUAAUUAAAAUUAGUUAAUAAAUUGAAUAAAAAAAAUUAUUAGUUACUUGUGGUAAUUUAGUAAUUAAUAUUUCAUAAUUUAUUUUUGACCGAAAGCCAAAAUCGGGAAUUGAAUUGGGAUUUUUUUUGGACUGGGUCAAAGAUAAAAUAUAAAAUGCUAAUCUAGAAAUAGAAACCAGUUGAAGAUGAUCAAAAAUCAACCUCAUUUUUUGUUUUUAAUCAUUUUCAUAUUUUAUAAAUAACAAUGAGCACGACGUUUGACCGCUUUAUUCAUGACGUCAUACCACAUAGAAAUUUAUCGUUUUGACGUUUCGUAAAAAGUAUCUCAUUUGACUAGUUUGUCAAGUAGCUUAUUGAAAUGGACAGGGACAAUUACCAUUUCUCAUUGCUGGGGUAUAUAAUUAUUCAAAAAUUUAAUAUAAUGGCAGAAGCAUAUAUAAAACUAAUUGUUGCUUGUUUUGAUACUUGGAUCACAUUAUGUAUAGAAUGUUGCUACCUAUAUUGCUUGUCUUUAUUUUGAUCACAAUAACAAUGGUUGGAAAUUGUAAUUGUACCUUGGGGUGAUAAAAAGAGUUAUCAUUUAUACCCAAAAAUAAAGAUAAGAAAUGCAUAUUGUGUGUUAUCCAUGAAAGUAGAAGUUUAAACGAAAGAAAAACUUAACAACGCCAUCUAUCGUGUUUUUGGGGAAUGCCGAUUGGAAAUUCACUCAUUCAUUCGUAUGCGUUACACAGUCAAUCUAGCGUCCAUAUAGGGUAACAAUAACUUAUGAAUAGUAUGUUAACUAGUUGUUUUAGUGCAGAUGACACCACUGUGAUUAUUAAAACAAUUACUUGUUAA